UGGCGGAGGGCAACAGAUGACGGUCACGGAGGAAAACAGCUGUUCGUUAUCAACCGCUACGACCGCCGCGGUUAUUGAUAAUGUUUUGUGCAGUGGCUUUACAGUUUUUAUUGUAUGUUGUUGUUAUUUUCGUUUCGUUUUGUUUUGCGUCUUACCCGUUACUUAUUCCCCUUGGGUUUACACACAACAAAAUACGGUCGGUAAAGACACAAUAUCCUCGCCAUGGCUCUCGUGUACAUUGACAAAGAAGCGUGGUAAGAACACAACAAUAACAUUACGCGUUUGAUAUCCGACGGGGCGGAUUAUAUCUGUUUCGUAUAGUAACGCCGAAAGUUUGUAAGCCGUAUACGGUUUUUAAUUCUAAUGGAAACUAUUUCGGGUAGAAAGCAAUGCUUAGAGUUGUAUGUUUUUAAAAAAAAAAAAAAUAGUAAACUGUAAAUCUUCGUUUGUAGAUAGGUUCCCUCUAAAUAUCGGCAAAUUACAAGUAUACAAGGGGAAUUUUAAAUAUUUUCUUAUAAAGUACGAAUCACUCAUGGCAGUCAACUUUUUAAAGACGUUCAUAACAUGUAAUAUUUAUAUCAAUUUUGUUCAUGUAAUUAAUAAAUAAAUAAAAAAUUAAUUUGUAACAAUUGUAUAGUUAAUUAAUAAUUAAUAUUUAACCGAUUAAAUAAUGAGUGGCAAUUUAAUUUGUCCACAAAUGAAAUUAUGUAUAUUUAAACAAUUUUGUAUUUUAAAAGAGGUCAGGAUGUUAGGUAAUAGAAUAUACAAAUAUAUUAUGAUUAUGUGUAUACCAGUUGUAAAUCUCGGUGUAUAUCAGUAACGGGGUUUGUAUCUCGAGUAUUUAAAGUACACACAUGUGUCAUGACAAAAACUUAUUGUGUGUUACGAUUAAUAAAAAUGUAUAGAUUUGAAAAUUUUAUAGAUCUUUUAUUUUAAGAUCUCUCGGAGUUUUAAAAUUUUAUAUAGCAAUUAAAAUAAAUGUAUAAACUAAUAUAUACAUUGUUUUUCCAGGAAAUUUGAAUAUGAAUCGUGUGAGAAGCUGUACAUAGAAAUCGAAGAAUUAUUAGAUAGACAGAUGUUGGAACAGAGAUCUGGCAAAUAUCGAUCUUAUUGUUCACAAAUUCACCAUAGACUUAAACAAUUUCAGAAUGAAGUUCAGCAGUUAUCUAAUAGUCUCAAAAAACUUAGCACAUCUAAUUCUGUGUAUCCUUUGCUAUUUAAAUAUGGUCAUUGUAUUUUUUAUUACCUAAUUUAAUGGUUUACUUCACAAAAGUUGUAACAAUUUUUUAUAAUGAGAAGUUAUCAUAGAUUUUAGAGUAUUUAAAAGGCAGGGUUUGUUCAGAUUAUAUUGUAGAAUAGAUAUAGAAUAUUAGAUAGCUAACUGAUGUUUUCAUUUGAUGCCAGCCGUCAUAUGUGUUGUGGCCAAUGUUUACAUAAUUUUUGUAUCAAUACAGCUCGAUAAUAAUAUGCUAUUGUGAAACAGUUAUGUUAUGAAUGAUGUUUAUUUCAGCCUCGUUCAUUAAUUAAUCAGUAUAGUGAAAUAGGAUACUUCUAUUCAUAGUUUCCCGAUCAAUUUCAUUAACAGUAUUAAAACGUAAUUAAUUUAUAACACUGACUUUCUGGAGUCAGUGGAGGAAAAAUGGAAUGGAAGCUAUUGUUUUAUGUAAAUAUCUAGUAUGCAUAAAAUAAUUAAAAUACAUCACAACAUGAUUUUAAAUCAUAAAAAAUAAGGAGAAAAACAAAACUGAGUAUAAAACACAGUGCAUGUGAUCAAAGAUAAGACACGUGUGAUGAAAUCAUAGAUACUUUAUGAAUGAUAACAAUAGAAGUUGAAAAAUGUAAACAUUGAUCAUCGCUUAUAGGGGUUGGUGUUAAUGUUUGUAUCUUGGUGUAUAAUAAGUUAAUUAUUUAAUAUUCUAUAUCUAUGGAUUAUACAAAGUGAACCAGUCAAUUAUUUAUAUUUAUGAUUUUUCUUGAACCAAAUUGUAGUUAGUUAUAAAUUAUACUACAGUGCUUACUACAUUUUAACAAAAAUAUAAUUUAUGGAUAAGCCAAAAUAGUUGUACCUUGAUUAGUGAUUUCACAUACUGCAUUCAGAGCGUUUUUAGAUUAUAUUUUAUUGAAAAUUAAUUUCUAGAACUGUAUGGUAAAUUUAAGGAGAAACGUCUAAUUAAGUUGUCAACAAAAUAUAUAGACUAUUAUACUAGUCAGCCUCUCAUCCACCAAAAAACGCUAGUGUUAUAUUAAAAAUUGCAUAGUAUCCUUAUUUUUACUAUAGGUAUAUUAUAUUACAUUUCUUAAUGCAUAUGUAUGCAGAUUUUUCUUUGUUUUUUAGUAUAUAAAGUUCCAAAUCUUGUUAAUGAAUAAUAAAAUGUUGGUUCUAUAUUUCAUAAUUAAAAAUUUAAGUUUCAGAUAAUUAGUGUAGUGAAAACUAUAGAUUACUAUAAAAAUCACUGAGAAAAAAAAUUAAUAUGUUUGUAAAAAUGUUUUGUUAUAAUUAAUUAAAAUUAAGCUUAAAAACAAAUGUAUAAAAUUGAUUUCAAAAAUCCUGGGUAGAGAUAAUAAUAAUAAUAAUUAUAGAAGUAUAGCUCCCACGAGUCUUUGAAGUGUUCAUAAUUUUAGCACCCCCAAAGUUGGUGGUCUAGUUGCGCCUAUGGACCUCUCACUACGACUCAAUAAGAUAUCUGUUGUAUCUUUAUGCUUUGUGCAGUUCAGUUUAACAACCUUUUCUGUUGUAUUUAAUCAUUUCCAUUUUUAUCAUCCACAAGAAAAUUAUUUUCGUAUUAAAAAAUUCUAUCACUUUAAUUGUAUCAUAUGACCACAAUAGAUCAAUGCGAACAUAUAGUAGGAAGUAAUUUAUUAAAUGUAAAGUAUAAAUGGAUUCAAGUAGACAAAUAAAUUACAUACAAUGUAAUAGCUUAAAUUAGAAAAUAAUGUAAUCAAUGUGAUAUUUUAUUAAAUUUUCCUGAGUUACUUAUGUCACUUAGCACAUACAGUGAAUUGGAACGGCGUAACCUUAUGGUCCAGUUACUUCAGUCGAAAUUUGUCACAGUAAACCAACGUUAUCAAAGCGGGUAAUCUCAUAAAAAUACAUCACUAUAUAUUUUUAAAAAUGUAAAGAAAAAUUGUUUUAUUUAUUGAUAAUGUUUCUUUCAGAAACAACACCAAUAAAGACUAUCAGGAAUUGUUGAGACCGAGUACUAGUUAUGUAAAACCUAAAAAGGUUGAAACACAAAUUUCUGGUUGGCUAGACAGUGAUGAUGAUGACGAUAAUUAUAAUGAUGUUAAACAACCAUUAAUUAAUACAAAUAUAAAACAACAACAACAAUACUUAGUUAAAGGUAAAGUUUAAAAAUAUUGUAAUAGUGUAUUUUUUAUAUUUUAACAAUUAAUUUUUAUAGAACAAGAUGAUGGGUUGAACGAACUAGCAUCAAUCGUUUCAAGACAGAAAAAUAUAGCAAUCACUAUAAGCAGCGAAGUCGAUCUUCAAAAUGGUUAGUAUAAUACCAAUUGAUUUGCAAAGUACUAAAAAGUAAAUUGUAUUUCAGAGAUAGUUGAUGAUUUGUUGGUGAAAAUGGAUAAAACCACUGUUGGAAUUGAACAUGAGACCAAGGAAGUAGUUCAGAUAUUAAAAAAAGAUUCAACUCGAGGUAUUUUAGUAGUAUAUAAAUAAUAAAUAGUUAAUAAAAUGUAAAAAAAAAAAAAAAAAUGUAUUAAUAUUAUUAACUAUUUUCAGGACUUUGGAUAAUAAUUAUUCUUCUGCUGAUUGCAAAUGUGUUUGUUGCAUUUUCGUGAUAUCCGAUUCUAGACAUCAGCCACUAGCUAUACUCAUGUUAAUAAAUAAACCUACUUAUUGUUAUUUACCAUUUUAUAUUCUUCAUUGAUGAU